AUGAGAUUGCUUCUUGCAGCUGGGACUAACGCUACUGGUCUAGGAGAAUUUGCUGUGGAGAAUAUUCAUAAGAUCAGAUUCUCGAACGCCCCGUUCAACACGUUAACCAUUCCUGAGGAGAAGCAAAAGGUCAUCAAAUCUCUCCCUGAGAGCCGUGUCAGCCUGACAAGCGGAGCGGGCUUUGAUGAUGUUAUUGCAGGAAAGGGCCAGGGUGUCAUUGUCCUGCUUCAGGAUAUGUCUGCACCAGAAGCAGCUGACACUCAUUAUAUCAAGUCAUGA